CAGUAGAGUGUUUUGUUAAAAGUAGGACUCAGCCCGCAUAGGCCGAAUGACAGCAACAAACUGAACAGUUUUUUUUUUUUUUUUUACUGUUAUCUUUCUUUUGAAUUUCGGAAAUAAGUAGCGUUAAGUUUCCAGAAAUGGGUCCCGGAUAAAGGAAAGAAUAUUCCAGAAACACCGUGGACUACGGGGUUUCGAGUGCGGGAAGGAGCACAGCGGCCCACGGCCGUGAAGGAGCUUAGCAGCCGGUAGUAGCAGAAGGAGUCGCCGGCCAUUGUGUGUCAGGAACGGAAUUCCCAUCAUAUUGAAGCCCCGUCCCCAUCCCUUACUAGCCUUCCUGAAUCUGUUCUGGGAGAGUUCAGACCAGUAUCAUCGCCAAGAUAGCCGGGCCAGGCAGGAAGAGGCACACCUCAGAUCCAGACCCCAGCAGCGGUAGUGAUUCCGGCGACGGGCGGCCUGUUAGUGCCAAGUGCCUGAAGAUGGCCAGCAGCGGUGGUAGCGAGACAGUGGGCCGUCGCGGUGGGGCUCAGCAGAGAGGAGGCAGCGGGAGGGACAGCAGCUCAGACCUGUCCUCCAAUACCAGUAAGAAGAAGCAGAAGGACAGGGCCAAUCAGGAGAGCAGAGAGGCCAAGAGGGCAGCAGCAGCAGCUGCUUCGGCAGAUGGGGUCAUUGCAGAAGUCAAGAAAGAUGUAUUUGUGGACUGGAAGCAGAAUGUCAAUGAAGUGACUGUCAGGCUGCGCUGUGGGGAGGGGGUGCAGAGGAUAGAGGACAUAAGCACAACCUUCACGGAUACACACUGCCAUGUGUGCUUCCCAGAUGGACGGCAGUGGAGCUGCCAGCUGCAGGAGGAAAUUGAGGCUUCGUGUAGCAGAGUCCAGUACAAGGAGAAGGGAGGCUUCCUGCACAUCAUCAUGCACAAGAAGAUACCCUUUCACAUCUGGCCAUCACUUAAGUCAAACAAGAAGGAGAAGGAGAAAGUGGCAGCGCCCACAGAGGCCAAAAAUGACAAGGAACCAGAGAUGAAGCCUGUUGCAUUGGAGUCUUCAGAGAAACCCAAGCAACUUCAUCCCCAGCCUCCCUCGUCACCUGCACACAGCGAGUCAAGACGCGGAGGCGGCAAAGCUGAGCGGGGUGUCAAGCGCUGUAUGAAAAACAAACCCGCAUGCGACAAAGCCACCAUGGACUCUGUAGGGGCGAAAGGUGGAGCUGGAGAAGGCUCAGCCACCACCAGCAAGCCUGUUCCCGUCACAAAAGCCGAGCAGCAGCCUCAGGAACCCAGUGCCAAGCGCACCAUUGUACGGCCGCCCAAGACCACUAAGGAGGCUACAUCAGCUGCUGACAGGGACACACACUCUGUCAAGUCUAAUAGUAAAGCUCCACACACACACCUGCCCGCUGGUCGGAGCCCGCAGACACAACGCAGGGAUGGAAACAACAGAGCAGACAGACUAAGCAGCGGUCAGGAACCGAAACCUGGAGUUGCUGUCGCUGCUGCCAGCCAUACCAACAAAACUCAGGUGGCAGAGAAACAAACCCAGUCUUCAGACAGGUCUGGAGCAACAGCACCCGGCAAUGAAAGCCAACCAGCAGCUCCCAUCAGCACCAGUGACUGCCUCAAACCUGUCGACUUCAACAGUGAAGUGGACUCCGCUUAUCCUGCAAGACCAGGAGACAGAACAGACUCAGAGCCAGAGAAAAAGCCUGUUGAGCAGGAAUCGGAGCAGGAUACUCUGAUCUGCCAACAGCAAGGAUCAAAAGAGACGGUACCAGCACCAACUGUUGGCAUGGCUGCCAAACAAGGCCCGUCACCCGGUGUAGCCCAGAGGCAGGGCAGCUGUGACGGAGAGGAGAAGCGGGACCAGUCCAAGGAGGAGCCCUCUCUGGAAAUUAAACAACAGGAAGCCCCAGAGCCGAUGGUGAACCUACAGUUUGUGAAGAAUGAUUCGUAUGAAAAGGGCACAGACCUCAUGGUGGUUAAUGUUUACAUGAAGGGGAUCUGCAGGGACACAGCCAGGGUCAUCUUCAGGGAACAGGACUUCACCCUCAUCUUCCAGACAAGUGAUGCUAACUUUCUGCGGCUUCAUUCAGACUGUGGACCAAACACAGUCUUCAAGUGGCAAGUCAAACUCAGGAACCUGAUCCAGCCUGAGCAGUGCAGCUACUCCUUCACCCCAUCCCGCCUGGACAUCACCCUGAAGAAGAGACACAGCCAGCGCUGGGGGGGUCUGGAGGCCCCUGCCACACAAGGUGCAGUGGGUGGCGCCAAGGUCGCUGUGCCCUCCAGCCCUGCCUGCAUGGAUAAGAGCCAACCAGGCAGCAGCCAGCACAGCCUCCCAGCCAAGGAGGAGCCACCAAGGGUCGGGGAGGAGAAACCCAAGGCCCCUAAGGCUUCAUCCAGAGUGGAGGAUGGUGGUCUGGAUACUGUAGCUCCUCGCACCGUCUCUGAGCAUGUUGCUAUUACCAAGCCAGAGACCACAGUUACCGCACCUAAGCCUACCUGCAUGGUGCAGCCCAUGACCCAUGCACCUCCUGCCAGCAAUGAGCGCCACGAGGAGGAGGAGGAGAAGAAGGUGUGCCUGCCUGGUUUUACAGGAUUGGUUAACCUUGGCAACACCUGCUUCAUGAACAGUGUUAUCCAAUCCCUGUCCAACACCAGAGAACUCAGGGAUUAUUUCCAUGAUCGAGCAUUCGAGGCAGAAAUCAACUGCAAUAAUCCACUGGGAACAGGAGGCAGGUUGGCCAUCGGCUUUGCAGUGCUGCUCAGGGCCCUUUGGAAAGGAACUCACCACGCCUUCCAACCCUCAAAACUCAAGGCAAUUGUGGCCAGUAAAGCCAGUCAGUUUACAGGUUACGCCCAGCAUGACGCUCAGGAGUUCAUGGCUUUCUUGCUGGACGGGCUACACGAGGACUUGAACCGCAUCCAGAAUAAACCAUACACAGAGACGGUUGACUCUGACGGACGCCUGGAUGAGGUGGUUGCAGAGGAAGCAUGGCAGAGGCACAAGAUGAGAAACGACUCCUUUAUAGUGGACCUCUUCCAAGGCCAGUUCAAAUCCAAGCUCGUUUGCCCAACAUGCUCCAAGGUGUCUAUCACCUUUGACCCUUUCCUCUACCUGCCAGUCCCACUGCCCCAGAAACAAAAGGUGCUCUCAGUUUUCUACUUUGCUAAGGAACCUCAUAAAAAACCCAUCAAGUUUUUGGUCAGUGUGAGCAAAGAGAACUCCAGCACUGCUGAAGUCCUUGAAUCCAUCUCCAGGAGUGUGAGGGUCAAACCAGAGAAUCUGAGACUUGCAGAGGUGGGGAAGAACCGCUUCCAACGCAUGUUCCUGCCGUCCCAUUCCCUGGACACGGUGUCCUCCUCUGACAUGUUGUUCUGCUUUGAGGUGCUCUCCAAAGACCUGGCCAAAGAGAGGGUGAUAGUGCUCAGAGUGCAGCAGAAACUCCAGGUCCCAAACAUCCCCAUCUCAAAGUGUGCCGCCUGCUUGAAGCCUCCAGUGUCUGAGGAAGACAAGCUGAAGCGGUGCACUCGCUGCUAUCGUGUGGGCUACUGCAAUCAAGUAUGUCAAAGGACCCACUGGCCCAAUCAUAAGAGUCUGUGUCGACCCAACAUGGAGAACGUGGGUCUGCCCUUCCUGGUCAGCGUGCCGGAGUCUCGACUCUCCUACACCCGCCUCACUCAGCUACUAGAGGGUUUCUCCAGGUUUUCUGUCAACGUGUUCCAGCCUCCUUUCCAGUCAGGCAGGACGUCGCCUGAAACAUCUCAGUGUCGGGCAGACCUCCCCCCAAUGCCAGCCGGCUCACCUGAGGGUGUUGGGUCUGGGGAUGAGGCCAUGGGUGGUAGCAGUGCUGUAGGAGCAGGUGAUCUGGAGCUGGAGAGCCAGUCUCUGUUGCCUGAAUCCCAGGCAGAGUAUGCUCAGGCCUCAGCCAUCCACUCUGCGGAGUCAGAGUCCCUGUCCUCCUCCCAGACCUCCCUCUCCACCAUGCGGACUACAGACUCAGGAUUCACUGAGCCAACGUCCUGCUGCUCUCUGGACCCUCAUGCUGAAAAAGAGACGUCCUGUGAGAAGGCAGUGCGGCCAGAAGCUGCAGUAACCGGGUACCAGCAUCCAAGCGAAUCCGCAUCAGGUCAUGCCAGUCAGUUCUACAUCUCUCUGCUGGACUCUAACAACAAGGAGCAGAGGCUGGAUGAGAAAGAGGACUUGCUUGCGGACCUCCCUGAAGACGUGACCCUGGAGAUGGUUUGGAAAAACAACGAGCGCCUGAAGGAGUACGUCCUGGUGAGCUCCAAGGAGCUGGAGUAUGAGGAGGACCCCGGCUCGUUGAGUGAGACAGCCAGAGCGGGACACUUCACCCUGGAGCAGUGCCUCAACCUCUUCACCAAGCCAGAGGUGCUGGCACCAGAGGAAGCAUGGUACUGUCCAAAGUGCCAGCAGCACCGUGAGGCCUCCAAGCAACUGCUGCUGUGGCGUCUGCCCAAUGUUCUGAUCAUCCAGCUCAAACGCUUCUCCUUCAGGAGCUUCAUCUGGAGGGAUAAGAUCAACGACAUGGUUGACUUCCCCGUCAGGAAUCUGGAUCUGAGCAAGUUCUGUAUUGGCCAGAAGGAUGAGAUGCAGCAGCCUCCUAUCUAUGACUUGUAUGCCGUCAUCAACCACUAUGGUGGAAUGAUAGGAGGCCACUACACGGCCUACGCUCGCCUGCCAAGUGACAAGAACAGCCAGCGCAGUGAUGUUGGCUGGCGUCUGUUUGAUGACAGCACCGUGACAAUGGUGGAAGAGAGUCAGGUGGUGACGCGCUACGCCUAUGUCCUGUUCUACCGGCGACGAAACUCCCCCGUGGAGAGGCCACCGCGCUUCCUCAGGCCAAUGGGAGCCGAGUCACCUACUGCAGCAGGAGCUACUGCCAGCCAGGCCUCUCUAAUAUGGCGGGAACUGGAGGAGGAAGAGGAGGGGCUUGACGAAGGCCCCCGCGGACUGUUCCGCUCUGCGCUGUGGAGGCGACAAACGCAGAGGAACAGGGAUGAGGAAGACGAAGACAGAACUGAAGGGCCGGUGCGACGGCACCGCGGGCAGAGGAUGUCGGACUAUCCCGACGACGACUGCGUGCGAUACUUUGUUCUGGGUACGCUGACGGCGGUUUUGGCCCUGCUCGUCAAUUUGGUCUACCCUCUUCUUUACAAAGCCAACUGGACCUGAGCACCGGCUGGGUGGGGACUUGCUUUGGCUCGGGGCUUUCAGCAGCAUGAAUGUGAGGUUGUUCAAAAAAGGAGAGGUUAGAUAUAAACUGGAGAGUAGGAAGUUUAAUACUUUCACAUCACAUCAGUCUUCAGCUAGUAAAAUGGUUUUCCAUUCUCUCCAACACUGCAACACUUGACAUGUAUUUAUAACUGGACAUGGCUCAACCCUUUAAAUACCUUUGGCACUAUUUCACACAAUGAAACACGCUAAGGAAACAUGUAGACGAAGUGACGGCAAACAAUGCCCCGUCAUCAUAAGAAGACCUAUAGUUAAAGCUGCAGUAGUGAUUCUGUCAGCACACAGUACUGGUAUGUUGAGUGUUAACUAUUCACAACAUUGCCUCUAUGCAUUGUUUUGACUCUUGCUUCCAGUGCAUGUGUACUUUUUAACAAGGGUGUAGUUUUUAGAAACAUAUUUUUAACAAUAGUUCUCACAUGAUCAGCCUUAAUCAUUACACCCACAUACACAUGGAAGAUGUAGUCGUGUGGAAAAGCUCAUCAUUGUCUUUUAACAACAAUUAAAUUGUCACUCAAGGACCAGGAAGACUGUGAGGUGUGAUUGAAAGCUCACAAAAAUGCUAAUAUGUAGGUGUUUGAGUUAAGAUUCUUUCUGUCAAAGACGCUUUAUAGUUGUACAGUAAUUAUUAAUAAUGAGAAAAUGAUUCCAGUGCAGAAAUGAAGUCGCUUAAAGGCCUUUAGUUUUAAUUGCACUACAAGAUGGCAACUUCCUGCAGAACGAAUGCAAGAGAGAUGAAUGGAAUAUGUCUGAGAGGAGGCAGUGAUUCAUUUUAAAUGUUCUAUAUCAUGAAGCAAAGUGUACCUAUUUUUGUGUGUGACCUAUUUGCUGUUGCCUUUUCCAUGUCCGUUACAUGAAUAACAUUCAUUUUUUUAGGCCUUAAAAUUUGCUGUUUGUGUUUUAAAUGGUCUCUGUCAACGAUAUGUACUGCAGUUAACUGUCUUUUUUUUUUCCUAUAUAACAUUUGUGUUUUGGUUUUUAUUGAAAACUCUGUCACAAUCUGUUUUUAGUUGCUUUUUAUGGAACUUUUUUAAGCCAUAGGCAGGUGAGGAUUGAGUUCUCAGGAUGAAUUGUAGUAAGAACACACUACAAAAAAAUAAGACGAGAAAGUGACUGAUGAUGCACAAACUGGGAAUUACCGUCCAGUUGUGAAUGUGAUGUUUUUAAUUGUGUUGCUUUGUUUUGAGUGGGACGCUUCAGAGGUUUAUUAUGGACAGUUGUGGAGUCAAUGUGCAACCAGUGCAGUUAAAUAACAAAAUAUGAGUAUAUUGUUUUCUUGCAACACUGCAGUGCAUCAUUGUUAUUUACUGCUUUUGAUUUAAUUUGAAAACCCCAAAAUAUGUUCCUUAUUUAUGACGUAACCACCUAAAAAACCUUUUUUUUCCUCACAUUUUAGACUCCAAACUGUCCAUAGCUGAUGUCUUUACUCUGCAGUCAUUGUGGGUGGUGUGUAUUUGGGUCUCAGGGAAAUCUUCUGGUAUCAUGGCAGUGUAGAGGACCUAUGUUUGCCUUAAUUGUUUGGUAUAGCACCAUCAGACUGUGUAUACUUAACUCAGAUAUAUGCAAGACUGAAGUCCAUGUAGUUUUAAAACUUUAUUAGGUAAAGCUUGUGCUCAGCAUACACUGCUAUGGUGAUGAACUUGACAGUAUGAAAGCUGUUUAUACCCAAUAUAUAAGCAGCAGUGAAGAGGAUUUAAUUUUAUGACAAGCUUUGCUGUUUUUAAAUCAUCUAAAUGCUGCUGCUGUUUUCUUUUUUUUUUCUUUCUUUCUUUUGAUGUUGACUGGAUUGAAACGGGCCUGACUGAAGGAUAAAUGUGUGUAGUCUGCUAUAAAAUGUUCAUUGGCAAGAAUAAUCAUGACUUAUAUUUUGUGAGGAAAUAAUGUAAAGACUGUAAUAUACUUUAAAUCAUUGAACUGUCGAUAAAAAAUCAUUGCAAGUACUGUAUUUAAAAUUCUAGCCUUCAUAAUUUCUCUGCAAUAAUGUAUCUAGAUACCUCCAUAUAAAUGCUGCUUCCUUAUAUAUAUGUAUAUAUAUACAUACAUAUAUAAGUAUUGUACUCCUUUUGGAAAUAAAAUCUCCAUGUGUUUAUAGUC